AUGUCGACGUCGGAUUUGGUCGGAUACUCGCACGACUUCCUUACGGAAUUCAUUCAGCUGUACCGCAGCUUCCCCUGUUUGUGGCAGGUCAGGUAUAAGGGAUACAAGGACAGACUACUGCGAAACCGUGCUUACGAUACCCUCGUGCAGAAGUUGAGGGAAGUGAAUCCGAUCGCGGAUAGGGAGACCGUUAUACGAAAAAUCAACACCCUGCGAACCGCGUUCAGGAGAGAGUACAAGAAGGUGCGAAGCUCGCAAAAGAUGGUUCAGAAUCCCCGGCAGCGGUACAGAUCCUCGUUAUGGUACUACGAUAUCUUGAAGUUCGUCGCGGAACAGAACGAGACGAGUCCAUUGGACGAAGAGAGGGACGUUAAGAACGCUUUGGUUAACCCGGCGGAUCUCUCUCAAGAGGAGAUGAUGUCUGUGCAAACGGACGUAGACAAGAUCGAGCCACCGUCACCUGUACCGUCCCCGGGAGCUAGCUCCGUUCCGGCUUUUCAACCGAUCAUUCUGGAAACCGAGGGCUCGUACGCGAGGAGAAUCUCGAACUCCGUGUCAACCGAUUCUCUCCGAAGAAAAUAUCAGCAAUCGUCAAUGAAGGAAUCGACUCGCGAACUUUCGCCGAGACAGUUCGCUAGCUGCGUGACGGAUGACCAUUUCGAGACCUUUGGCCGCUACGUGGCUGGCAAAUUGAGGAAGUCGAUGCCCCGACAGGGUAUCAUCGCCGAGAAGAUAAUCGCGGAGGUCCUCUUGAGAGCUAAUCUCGGCACCUUGGAGGAAGCUACUUGUCUCACAGAGAAAGUACCUUCCCGUUGCUUCUUGGUAAUGGGCGAUCGUUGAGUAUCCUUCUCGUUCACCUCGUCUCUUCUUUCCUCGCUUCUUUUCCUCCCAGUCUUGUCCAUGUUUCGCGAUCGUUCGUCAACGAACGCGUCUACCCGUUCAUCCGCCGCUGUCCGUAUCGAGCGAUUCCACGCAUCCAUGUACAUACGUACCUGGCCGUUCCUAGUCCAAAUGCACCAGUGUGCUUCGCGUUCAGUCGCCUGAGAGAAGAGCAAACCUCGGACGAACCUGUGCACCACGACAGCUCGCAUCGCAGACCAAUCGACCACUCUGGCCACUAGCCAACGAAACCAGCUUUUUUUUUCCUUUUCUCUGCCUACAUCUGCGAAACUA